AUGGCUGGCCUCUCUGCCGACUACGACUACCUCUUCAAGCUCCUGCUCAUUGGUGACUCGGGUGUCGGAAAGUCAUGUCUCCUUCUUCGAUUCGCCGACGACACCUACACUGAGUCGUAUAUUUCGACCAUCGGCGUCGACUUCAAGAUCCGCACCAUCGAGCUCGAGGGCAAGACCGUCAAGCUCCAGAUCUGGGACACCGCGGGACAGGAGCGUUUCCGAACCAUCACCUCGUCUUACUACCGUGGCGCGCACGGUAUCAUUGUCGUCUACGACGUCACAGACAACGACACGUUCAGCAACGUCAAGCAAUGGCUCCAAGAGAUUGAUCGAUACGCCUGCGAAGGUGUCAACAAGCUGCUGGUGGGCAACAAGUCGGAUCUGACCAACAAGAAGGUGGUCGAGUAUGCGACGGCCAAGGAGUUUGCGGAUCAGCUGCAGAUUCCGUUCCUCGAGACGUCGGCCAAGUCGGCGACCAACGUCGAGCAGGCCUUCUUGACCAUGGCCAAGCAGAUCAAGGACCGCAUGGGAUCCAGCACCGUCAACAACCAGGCAGGUGGCAAGAGCACGCUCAAGGUGGGCGCAGGCCAGAACGUCGCGGCGCAGUCGAAUGGCGGGUGCUGCUGA